CGUGUCCUGCCGCGGAUGCAGGCGGUACACAUGAGACCCCGAUGACACAGCAGUGGCGGCAGCUGAGCGGCGGCAAAAUGAAAGGUUCAACAACUGGACCGCCCACCGCGCCUCUCGUAGACAGGUUUCUGCAAUCAACUGUUAGGUUCAUCGCAGUUUCCCACGCAGAAAAAUUGGCGGUGCUACCCUAAAUUGCGAUCUAUUUUGGACACUGAAUUGCGAGGUCGCUGCUCCUCAUCAUUGGAAACGACCUUGAUGCGAUCUUGGCAGCAGCAAUGGCAUCCUCUCCGAGCGUCUAUCAUCAAGGCAAGCACAACCCGUUCACCCAGCGAUUUCGCAAGAUUGAUGCAAUUCGCACUGCUCUUCGAACGGCAGUCGCCGAAGAACUCGCUCAGCAGACCGAAGAGAGGCGACGGGAGACACACAGGGUCAACGCCGAAAACAAGAGGAGAUCGGCGACCGCGGCUGCUGCAGCGUUGGACGGCAAAACGGACAGCAGCGGCAUUUUUCCUGGCAGGGACAGCGAUGGGUACGGUUCUGAAGUCUCAAUCUCGGUGCCGUGCAGGCUGGGAUGCGACGGAACAGCCAGCAGGACCCGUUCCGCCGGUAGCAGUGGCGGCCGGGCUGUCUCACGGCCCCGUGACAGACUGGUAGAGCUUCUUAGCACCGCUGCGUGUGUUAAACAAGCAUCCGCCAGCCCGGACAAGGCCUUCGGUUGGAGAGUUGACAGCGGCGACGGUCCGGAGGGAGAGCAAGAGGGUGCCUCGGGUGUUGCUAGCACCUGCGGGGGUCGUCGUGAUGGCCAUGACCGAGGACCGACACCUCCCCCAGCAGCGGCAUCAGUAUCUACCGAAAGCCAAUCAGUCCUUGCUUCCGCAGGCGCUAAAGGAGGUGGUGCCAAAACGGGCGUUCGGUUUCUGGAAGACAUCUUGCGUUUGGGCCCGAAAGGAUCGCGUUCCAAUGAUGCUGGAGGGGCGCUACCGAAUCCGAAACGAAAAUCCCACCCGCGCCGUGGGGGUUGCAAGGGCGAGGCGAGCAGAACCCAGACCCACAAGAAGCCGCGGCAAGGAACAGGCGCGGUAUCUGGGCCGUUCUCUGGACUGUCCCUUUGCGUGGUGCACCUGGGUUCGGUGACCAACAACACGAUCAAGACGUUCAAGCGGGGUGUCUGCGACGGCGGAGGGCACGUAUCGAUGCGCUUCACGCCGGGCGAUACGACCCACAUUGUGGCGGACGCCUCGCUAGCCGCCUCCUGGGAGAAGCUCGACAACUACUUCAGCGGGUGGGGUGGCGUCGAUGACCUUGACGAUGCCGUGAACGGUGGGAGGGUGGGAUUGAAGAGUGGCAUGAUGCCCGAGGGGGUGCCUAUCGUGAGCAACGAGUGGUUGAGCGAGUGCUUGAGGCGCUCCGUGGUGGUGGCCACGGACGCGUACCGAUUGAUCCCGCCGCCACACCGCUCAGCACCGGUGGCAGCAUCAUCAGCAGCGGCGGCACGGCAGCAGCAGAGAUCGAGUACACCUGACAACCAAUCAAUUGCAGCAGGGGGUGGCAUCCUUCCUGCUGCUGCUGCUGCUGCUGCCGCCGCCGCAGGCCACAUCGGAUUGGCUUCGAGCACCCGUCUAACAGCAGCGAGAAACGAGGUGCGAGGAGGCAGCACCCAGGGGACGGCAGGGCAAAGCACCGUGGCGGCAGAUCUGGAGUCGAUGGCAGUGAAGGGUGGCUUCGGCGCCAGGAACCCCGACGUCGGCAAAAAGAGGCACACAUUCCACUGCCAAUCGACCACCAACUCCCGGGGCCAUGCAGUAAACAGUGAGGCCGCCGAUAUGCUGGAAGACCUGGCCAAGCUAUGCGCCGUCCGUGGCGGCGACGGGAGCGUUUUCAAAGAGAGAGGUUUCAAGAACGCGGCGGGAGUGCUCAAGAGGCUUGGGGUGCAAAUCACCAACAUCCAGCAGCUCAAGGACUUGAGAAAACACGAGCCCCAGCGUGUCAGGGGUCUCGGGGACAGCGUGAUGAAGGAGCUUGCGACCUUCUACGAAGAGGGCAGGAUGUAUCGCCUCGACGAGCUGGAGGCGGACCCCAAGCUCAAGUGUCUCAAGAUCUUCCAGGAGGUCGGCUGGGUGGGCGCCGUCAAGGCGCAGCAGCUGUACGAUCAGGGCAUACGCUCAAUCGAAGACCUCAGGACCAAGGGGCUGCACCUUCUAAGCGAGCAAGCACAGAUCUGUCUCAACAGGCACGAAGACAUAACGCAGCGCAUGCCGCGGUCCGAGGCCGCGGAGAUCGAAGCGGUGGUAACGAGGGUUGCCCAGAGCAUCUGCCCGGGAGCGUGUGGAAGCUACCGAAGGGGGAAAAGCCACUGCGGAGAUGUGGACGUGCUCAUUCGCCCUCCCGAGGGGCAAGAGGACUCCCCCGUGUUUGACGACCUGAUCAAGAGGUUGGUGGAAACGGGUUUCAUCACGGACAAGCUCACCCUCGCCGGAAGUCCCCACAAGCCUGGGAAGUCGCAGUCCUUCAUGGGCAUCUGCAAGCUGCCCGGCAAGGGGAGGCUCCACCGCAGAGUGGACAUCAAGUUCUACCCCACAUCGUUGUUCGCGUUCGCGGUGCUGUACUUCACCGGGUCGAGCCACUUCAACAGGAGCAUGCGCAGCUUUGCCAAGAUCAAGGGGCUGAAGCUUAGCGACAAGGGGCUGUGCAGGGUCAACACGGUCAACGGCGAGGAGGUGCACAGGUUCCCGAGCUACAGCUGCCUUCGAGAAGAAGAUGUAUUCACUGCCCUGGGGCUGGAGUGGAGGGAGCCAAAAGAUAGGGACGGAGUCCAGGUGCAAGCCUUCUGCAGCAAGGGAGAAGGAGGAGCGACGGAGCUGUCGGGACGGGUGGUUCCGGUGACGCUCGAGCAGGAACAGCAGCACCAGGCGCUUCUUGAGCAGGAUAGGUUAGAGGCGAGCGACUACGAGGACGCGGAGCUGCAGCAGCAGGAGUAAAUAUUUCACCACAAGACGGAGGCGCACUUCCACAAGAAGAUCCAUCAAUCGAUCUACCGCCGUAGCAAGGGUGGCUCUGACCCGGGGAUGGGUUAACGGCAGCGGUGGCGGUUGCGGUGGCGAAGGAUGCAACUAACUAUCGGAAAUACACGAGGUGCAGGUGGCCCUUCGUGGGAGCGAUGUUGACACCGCUGCAGGCAGGCGGUGCUGCGAGGGGUGCGCGGGAAGGACAGUGCGGGAAACGUGGCCGCCGGCACUGGCAGAUUUUGCGGCGGUUUUGCUGCUGCUGCUUUUGCUGCUGCUGCGAGGCUACGGUUUUGCUAUUUCAGAAAAUACAAAAAUAUACGAAUGCGGAGGAUCAAAAGAAUGUGAUAGCGUUUCUGAGAUCAGUUUCCGUUUGAGAUAGACCGUAAUGAGGUCGAACUACCCUUCCAGUAUGAUGUUCAGCAUGAUGUAUAUACUUUGAAGGACAGGGACUGUACAAAACGUCAUGUACGGAUGCUUUGGUUUGAUGCUUACUGUACCAGUUACGAAGCAUAACUUGACUGGUUGGUCUUAGAGACGUGUUUCCGUUUAGGACGGACCGUCAGGAGGUGUAAUAACCCGGGUCACUUAGCGAAGUACGUGGUGGUUGCUGGACGGUCCAAGGCCGUUUGAGACAAAAAAUAUUUCGCUCAAGGUGUAUAGUCUAGGUCGGGUGGAAUGGGUUUGAGACCACAAUAAUCCUAUUCGUUUGGCACUGGAAUGGGUAGCCGUCCCCUUUGAGACGGGAUCCAUGAGACGGCACGUAAUUUUAGCGGGGGGGAGGUUGCUGCCCGAACUGAUUGAGUGGAGUGGUGUCAUCCAGGUUCCUCUCGAAGGAAACGCGCAUCUUUGAUGCUGCUGUUAUUGUACAGAACGGGGACAGGGAUACAGAUAGCGCCCGGAGAUGAGAAACAUCAAUCUUCGGGUCGAGCAAUAAUUCCUUUGGCAGAAGGACCAGCCGAAGUCGGCCAAUUUCUCUAAGCGGAUUUCUUUUUUCUUGGGGCUGUCGCAUCCUGCCCUGUCGCAUCCGUCUGAUUCUCGUGUUUUUGGUGAGGGAAACAACAACUCACCAAGCCUUCAUGCAGCACUAAGCCGACAGCUCGGUGUGGCGAACAUUGGGGGUUGUGGUAGUACAGUACAGCAGCAGUGGGUAGCGCAGCCCGCGGCGG